UGGUGGGGCCAGGCUGGCAGGGCUUGUGGGAUGGGAGUGUGGCCUGUCACAGGACACCUAGCCCCUCUCUCUGCUUGGAGCUGGGGACCCGAGAGAGCAGAGGCUCCAUGCAUCAGGGCCAAGGGCUAUUGCUCCUCCUGUCACUGCUGGCUGCCUGCCUGGGGGCCCAGGGCCGCAACCAGGAGGAACGACUGUUGGCUGACCUGAUGCACAGUUAUGACCCUCACCUGCGGCCUGCAGAGCGCGACACAGAUGUGGUCAAUGUCAGCCUGAAGCUCACCCUGACCAAUCUCAUCUCCCUGAAUGAGCGAGAGGAGGCCCUCACCACCAACGUUUGGAUUGAGAUGCAGUGGUGUGACUAUCGCCUGCGCUGGGACCCCCAGGACUACGGCGGCCUGUGGGUGUUGAGGGUGCCGUCCACCAUGGUGUGGCGGCCGGACAUCGUGCUGGAGAACAAUGUGGACGGUGUCUUCGAGGUGGCCCUCUACUGCAACGUGCUGGUGUCCCCCGACGGCUGCAUCUACUGGCUGCCACCUGCCAUCUUCCGCUCUUCCUGUGCUGUCUCUGUCACCUACUUCCCCUUCGACUGGCAGAACUGCUCUCUCGUCUUCCAGUCCCAGACAUACAGCACCAGUGAGAUCAACCUGCAGCUGAGUCAGGAAGACGGCCAGGACAUCGAGUGGAUCUUCAUCGAUCCUGAGGCCUUCACGGAGAACGGGGAAUGGGCCAUCCGGCACCGGCCAGCCAAGCUGCUGCUGGACACAGAGGAGACUGGCCACCAGAAGGUGGUGUUCUACCUGCUCAUCCAGCGCAAGCCCCUCUUCUACGUCAUCAACAUCAUUGCCCCCUGCGUGCUCAUCUCCUCUGUCGCAAUCCUCAUCUACUUCCUCCCCGCCAAGGCGGGCGGCCAGAAGUGCACCGUGGCCAUCAACGUGCUCCUGGCCCAGACUGUCUUUCUCUUCCUGGUGGCCAAGAAGGUGCCAGAGACAUCACAGGCAGUGCCACUCAUCAGCAAGUACCUGACCUUCCUCAUGGUGGUGACUAUCCUCAUUGUGGUGAAUGCUGUGGUUGUGCUCAACGUGUCCUUGAGGUCCCCGCACACACACUCCAUGGCCCGAGGGGUCCACAAGGUGUUCCUGCGGCUCCUGCCCCAGCUGCUGCGGAUGCACGUUCGCUUGCUGGCCCCUGCGGCUGUGCAGGACACCCAGCCGCGGCUCCAGAACGGCUCGUCUUCCGGGUGGCCUGUGACAGCUGGGGAGGAGGCGGCCCUGUGCCUGCCCCGCAGUGAACUCCUCUUCCGGCAGCGGCAGUACAAUGGGCUGGUGAGAGCAGCACUGGAGAAACUGGAGAAAGGCCCAGGGCUGGGGCACGGCCAGGAGUUCUGUGGCAGCCUGAAGCAGGCCGCCCCAGCCAUCCAGGCCUGUGUGGAUGCCUGCAACUUCAUUGCAAGAGCUCGGCUUCAGCAGCGUCACUUUGACAGUGGCAAUGAGGAGUGGCUCCUGGUGGGCCGUGUGCUGGAUCGAGUUUGCUUCCUGGCUAUGCUGUUGCUCUUCAUCUGCGGCACCACUGGCAUCUUCCUCAUGGCACAUUACAACCAGGCGCCCGCCCUGCCUUUCCCGGGAGACCCCCGCCCCUACCUGUCCUCCCCAGACUGACCCAACCAGUCACUGCUGGGCCAAGGGAAGUCAUAUGCAUGGGUUGUGCUGUCUUGCCAGCUGUGUUCUCCCACCACUGAAAUCACUAGUGUGCUCUUUAGGAAGUGCCCAUCAAGGUUGUGGGAGCCAAAGGACCCCAAGAAAAACUGGAGAAAUAAAGGCAGAAUUGGUAUCCCAGAGUGGUUGGGAUGGGCUGUGGUCAAGGUACCGGAUUGGGACUGGCAUCUUUGUGGCACUGGCCCCUACUCCAGGAAAGCAUCUUGGACUCCCAUUAUUUUGAAGCAUCUGUUUUGUAUGGUGUUCCUAGUUGGGCAAGAGCCUAGUCCUCCAGGCCUGGGACCAACUUCCCUUGUAUGAGUCGUUUCUGCAGGAAGUGGUGAAGAGAUGUGUAUGGACAGUCUUCAAAUGGGGCAGUGGCCCAGGUCGGCUAGCAGGUCCCUCUCCAGCCUGCCAUGUGUUGAAUGCACCCAAUGCUUGCUGGCAGCAGUACCUUUCCAUUUGUGUCCUUUUCUUGCCAUUGAUCACAAAAGAUAUUAAGUUUUAUCAUCA